CAAAGUCUCUCAUCCCGUGCUCAGCUUUUCCCUUCUCUCUUCCCUCUCUCUCUCUCUACCCGUCGACGCCAUGAGAGUCGAAGCCCUAGAUUGAAACCCUAGAAUCCGUAAAAACUUCAAAAAUCCCUCUCAAAUCUCUCAAAAUUUCGAAAUUCCCUCGCAUUUGUAACUCGAAUCGGAUCUCUCCGAGGAGAAAUGUCGUCGCUGAGCCGGGAGCUGGUUUUCCUCAUUCUCCAGUUCCUCGACGAGGAGAAGUUCAAGGAAUCGGUUCACAAGUUGGAGCAGGAAUCGGGGUUUUUCUUCAAUAUGAAGUAUUUUGAGGAGAAGUCGCUCGCUGGAGAGUGGGACGAGGUCGAGAAGUAUCUCUCUGGAUUCACGAAGGUGGAUGAUAAUAGAUAUUCGAUGAAGAUUUUCUUCGAGAUUAGGAAGCAGAAGUAUUUAGAGGCACUUGACAGCCGUGACAGGAGUAAGGCGGUAGAUAUAUUAGUAAAAGAUCUGAAAGUUUUUUCUACAUUCAAUGAAGAACUAUAUAAGGAAAUUACUCAUCUUCUCACCCUGGAGAAUUUUAGGGAAAAUGAACAAUUAUCAAAGUAUGGAGACACCAAGUCAGCCCGAAGCAUCAUGUUGAUAGAGCUUAAAAAAUUGAUUGAAGCAAAUCCUCUCUUUCGAGAAAAAUUACUCUUCCCAUCUCUGAAAGCUUCCCGACUGAGAACUCUCAUCAACCAAAGUUUGAAUUGGCAGCAUCAACUCUGUAAGAAUCCAAGGCCAAAUCCAGACAUCAAAACAUUGUUCACAGACCACACCUGUGCCCCUCCAAAUGGAGCUCGUGCCUCACCAGUCUCUGUUCCACUUGCAGCUGUUCCAAAGGCUACUGCGUCGUAUACGCCACUUGGAGCUCAUGGGCCAUUCCCUCCAACUGCUGCUGCUGCAGCAAAUGCUAAUGCAUUGGCUGGCUGCAAUGCAGCUGCUUCAUCAUCAGUUCAGUCUGCUGUUGUUGCUGCAUCAUCAAUACCUGUGGCACCAAAUCAAGUAUCUAUUAAACGCCCAAGAACUCCUCCACAUGUUCUCAGCAUGACAGAUUAUCAGAAUGCUGACUCUGAGCAGUUAAUGAAGCGAAUAAGGCCUGGUGCACACAUGGAUGAGGUUACAUAUCCCACGCCUAUUCCACAAGUUGGAUGGUCGCUGGAUGAUCUGCCAAGAUUUGUAGCUUGCACACUGAAUCAGGGAUCAAAUGUGACUACCAUGGACUUCCAUCCUUCUCACCACACUCUACUUCUAGUGGGUUCUGGGAAUGGCGAAAUAGCACUUUGGGAAAUUGGGCUACGGGAGAGGCUGAUCUCAAAGCCAUUUAAAAUACGGGACAUAUCUGCUUGCUCGUCGCAAUUUCAGGCGGCCAUUGUCAAAGAUUCUUCCGUUUCAAUCAAUCGAGUAACUUGGAGUCCUGAUGGAACUUUUAUAGGUGUUGCAUUCUCAAAACACUUGAUUCACAUCCAUGCUUAUCAAGCACCAAAUGAUCUACGUCAGCGUAUAGAGAUUGAUGCUCAUAUUGGUGCAGUCAAUGACAUAGCCUUCUCUCAUCCAAACAAGCAACUAUGCGUGGUGUCUUGUGGAGAUGACAAGAUGAUAAAGGUCUGGGAUUUAAAUGGACAAGUGCUUCACGUAUUUGAAGGACAUGAGGCACCUGUUUACUCCAUUUGCCCCCACCACAAGGAGAAUAUUCAGUUCAUUUUCUCAACUUCUCUUGAUGGAAAAAUCAAGGCAUGGCUGUAUGACAACAUGGGAUCUAGGGUUGAUUAUGAUGCUCCUGGGCGGUGGUGUACAACCAUGCUAUAUAGUGCUGAUGGAAGUAGAUUGUUUUCCUGUGGGACAAGCAAAGAUGGGGAUUCUUACCUGGUUGAAUGGAAUGAAAGUGAAGGGGCUAUAAAGAGGACAUACUCGGGUUUCCGAAAAAAAUCAGCAGGUGUCGUGCAGUUUGAUACUGCAAAAAAUCACUUUUUGGCUGCUGGCGAAGAUAAUCAGAUCAAAUUUUGGGACGUAGAUAACCUAAACAUGAUUUCAUACACAGAAGCAGACGGUGGACUGCCGAGUCUUCCUCGCUUGCGAUUCAACAAGGAGGGGAAUUUUCUUGCUGUUACUACUGCUGAUAAUGGUUUAAAGAUACUUGCUAAUGCUGAGGGCCUCAGAGCUUUGCGAGCUUUUGGAAACCGAUCUUCCGAAGCAUUUAGAGCUCAAUACGAAGCGUCUCCAAUGAAGGUUUCUGGUUCUCCUGUGGCUGCGAGCAUCUCCUCAAGCAUCAGUAGAGUUGAUCGCAUGGAAAGAAACUCUCCUGCGAGGCCAUCUUCCGUUAUUAAUGGAGGUGAUCCGUCAUUAAGGAGUAUUGAAAUUAAGCCAAGAAUUUCGGAAGAUCUGCCAGAUAGAAGUAAACCUUGGGAAUUGGCAGAAAUCCUGAAUGCGCAACAUUGUCGGGUUGUUACAAUGCCAGACAACACGGAUCCUACCAGCAAGGUUGCUAGAUUACUUUACACAAACUCUGGGGUUGGCUUAUUAGCACUGGCAUCAAAUGCUGUUCAGAGGCUGUGGAAAUGGAGCCGUAGUGAGCAAAAUCCAACUGGCAAGGCCACUGCCAGUGUUGUACCACAGCAUUGGCAACCAAACAGUGGUCUGCUUAUGACAAAUGAUGUCUCAGAUACUAAGCCUGAAGAUGCUGUCCCCUGUAUAGCUCUCUCAAAGAAUGAUUCAUAUGUAAUGUCUGCAUGUGGCGGAAAGGUCUCAUUAUUUAAUAUGAUGACGUUCAAGGUAAUGACGACGUUCAUGCCACCACCACCAGCUUCAACCUUUUUAGCAUUCCAUCCUCAAGACAACAACAUUAUAGCAAUUGGUAUGGAAGAUUCCACCAUCCACAUAUACAAUGUGAGGGUGGAUGAGGUUAAAACAAAACUGAAUGGCCAUCAGAAACGCAUAAGUGGAUUGGCUUUUUCCAACAACUUAAAUAUCCUGGUAUCUUCAGGUGCUGAUGCUCAGCUCUGUGUAUGGACGACUGAUACAUGGGAGAAAAAGAAAUCUAUACCAAUCAAACUGCCAGCUGGAAAGACUCCUGCAGGCGAUACUCGUGUCCAGUUCAAUUCCGACCAAACUCGCUUGCUGGUUUCUCACGAAACUCAGGUUGUUAUAUAUGAUGCUCUAAAAAUGGAGCUUCUUCACCAGUGGGUUCCACAAGACAGCCUCUCUGCUCCAAUAUCUUAUGGGUGUUACUCGUGCAAUAGCCAACUGAUUUAUGUUUCCUUCUUUGAUGGUAAUAUUGGUGUAUUCGAUGCUGAUAAUUUGGGACUAAGAUGUCGGAUUGCCCCAUCAGCUUAUCUGUCUCCUACAACAGCAAACAGCAAUCCACCAGUAUACCCUUUGGUUAUUGCUACACACCCACAGGAGCCGAAUCAAUUAGCAGUUGGGCUAACUGACGGAGCAGUUAAGGUGAUCGAGCCAUUGGAGUCUGAGGGAAAAUGGGGAUCUUCAGCGCCCGUUGAGAACGGAGCAGCUAACGGCAGGACUCCUGCAUCGUCAGCUACGAGCAAUCCAGCUGCUGAGCAGGCUCAAAGGUUAUGAUGCCUUCUCAUAUUGUAAAUUUUCUAAUCUUUUCUGACAUGAUUCUAGUUGUAUUUUUUUUUAAAGUUUAUAUAUCUUUGUUCAUGUAUAACUUUUACAUGUGCCUUGUGAAAGGUUAGCGCAACAUAGGACAAUAAGAGGGAUUAGUGGUGCGUGUUGUAAGUAGUGUAUUAUAUCUGAUGUCAUAUUUAAAUCCUUGUCGGAUAGUAUUAUUUAAAGAUCAAUGUUGUUGGCAUUCUUGUUUGGUAGUA